AUGACUUCAUUCCCUCUAGCCGGCCUUGCCCUGAAAGACGCCGGACUUCUUCUCGCCAAUCCCUACCUCCCCAUGGAAGCUGGUGUGGCCUACGCCGAAGAUGGCAUGUGCCAUAUUGCCGCAUCGACCUACAUGAAAGGCAGCACCGGUGCAAUGAUAGACUGGUGGUUUGGCUGGAUCCACAACACAGAGCAGUACAAGAUCUGGCAUCCACGCGACCAUGUAUUCUCUGACUGGGAGGGACCCCGCGAGAACAACAGCACAUACAUUGGUGGUCACCAUCUCGUUCAUGAAUAUAUCGGGGAUGAGCUACAGAAGCUGAAAAUUUCAUUCAAAGAUCCAGGCGAAUACUUUGGUUCUCAUUGGAAAGACGCUUUCAAAGAGGCCGGGUACUCCACGGCAGUGUGUGGGCGAUGUGGCAUGUGGGAUGACGAGAUGGGCAAUGUAGUUUAUGUUGGGCACUUGAUCCACUUGAUCAAGGAUGAACCUGAUGGUGUACGAAUGCGCUCUCGCUUUUGGCUGGGGGAUGUCGAUGGAGUUACAGACCCAGAAAUUAGGAAGGCCAAUGUGCCGGAGAAGUUUGCAAUGGGUUUGAUGAAGCAUGCUACUGAAGAGAUGGCUAUCUUGGCUACAGUUCUGCCGGACUUAUAUGCAAAGUACUCAAAGGACUCAGGAGAGAAAGUGUGA